AUGGAUCGAAGUUGGAUGAUAAAACCACGCAUAACUGAAGAGUACGACAAUGGGGUUGAAGCUUUCUUAAAAUUUGCCAAAGAAAAGGCACCAGACAUUACUGGAGUAUACUUCUGUCCAUGUGUUAAAUGUUUGAAUGGGCGACAACAAUCUUUGGAUGACAUUAGAACACACCUUAUCUGUGAUGGUAACUGUCCUAGUUACACAAAAUGGAUAUGGCAUAGUGAGUUACCACAAAUGUCAUCAACCCCUUCGACUGGUCCAGUUAAUGAACAAGUCGAUGAUCAUAUAGAAGACAUGCUGCACGAUCUUGGACAAGAGGGUUUUAGGCAAGCACAUGCACCGUAUUAUGAAAAGUUAAAUAACGAUUCGAAGAAACCAUUGUACAUAGGAUGCACUAAGUGCACACGAUUGUCAAGGGUGUUAGCUUUGGUGAAUUUGAAAGCAAGAUUUGGGUGGAGUGACAAAAGCUUCAACGAAUUACUGUUGUUAUUGAAGAGUAUGCUUCCUGAAGAUAACACACAUGCAUUUGCUGAUUUGCGCAACUGCCCUACAUGUGGGGUCUCACGCUACAAAGUAAAUUCUGACGAAUGCACUGCAGAUGCAACGACAUACAAAGAUCGACCAUCAAAAGUGUGUUGGUACCUUCCAGUAAUACCAAGGUUUAAGCAAUUGUUGGCUAAUGUAGAAGACGCAAAAAACCUAACAUGGCAUGCUGAUGGCAGGAUCAAAGAUGGUUUGCUCCGUCAUCCUGCUGAUUCUCCUCAAUGGAAGACAAUUGAUCAGUUGUAUCCAGAGUUUGCCCAAGAUGCCAGAAACCUAAGGGUUGCUCUCGCUUCAGAUGGAAUGAAUCCAUUUGGAAACUUAAGUUCCAAUCAUAGUUUGUGGCCUAUUUUGUUGAUCAUUUACAACCUCCCUCCUUGGUUGUGCAUCAAGCGGAAGUACAUAAUGAUGUCUAUGAUGAUAGCCGGUUCGAGACAACCAAGAAAUGACAUUGAUGUGUAUCUUGAGCCCUUGAUUGAAGACCUCAGAAAACUGUGGUGGGUAGAAGGGGUUGAUGUGUAUGAUGGGAAUGCUAAUGAGACCUUCAGAUUGCAUGCUAUGAUAUUUUGCACCAUUAAUGACUUUCCAGCAUAUGGGAAUUUGAGUGGAUAUAGUGUUAAAGGCCACCACACAUGUCCCAUAUGUGAGAAAGACACAAGUUACAUCCAAUUAAAGCAUGGCAAAAAGACAGUGUAUACAAGACAUCGAAGAUUUUUAAAACCUUUUCACCCAUAUAGGCACAUGAAGAAAGCAUUUAAUGGGACAUCUGAGUCUGAUAGCGCACUGAUUCCUUUGUCAGGUCAUGAAGUUCUUGAUUAG